GGGAACCUCCGCCCGGCCCAGUACCCGAGGCGUCGCGCUGUUCCCGCCCGGAGGCUGCGGGCUGCCCGGGGAGCGUGGCGGCCCCAGUCCCGCAGGCAGAGCCGCUCUGAACCCCGCCACAGCGCGGGGCGGUUUCAGGCUGGCUGCAGCCGCGUGUGCUAAUGCACCGGCUCGCGCGGUGCCCGGGUUUCGCUGGCGCCACUGGGCAGGGACCCGCCGGGGCGCAGGAGAAGCGAGAAGGCUCCCCAUUGGAUUGCCCGGCUCGGGCGGGGAUGGGGAGCGUCGCCUCUCCGCAGUCCGUGCCGGGGCCGGCGGAGUUGGAAGAGGUGCAGCCAGCUCCGCAGGCGAUCGGUUUCCUGGCGGGGGGAGCUGCCCUGCCAUUUGCCGCCUCGGGUUGCUAACUCAACGCCCGUCAGUUUGCCGGCUGACGCUUCGGCUGAGAAAGUGAUGGAGCAAGCGGCUCCCUGCCAGCCAGCACCCGACAACCUGAAGGUGCUGCAGACCAAUGACUCGUACCACGACCGCAAUUGCAGUGCAGCGGAAGGGAUCUACCAAGAUGCCACUCCGCUCUCCUGGAAGAUAGUCCUCACCAUUAUCUUGGCUCUUAUCACUCUCGCCACCAUGCUCUCUAAUGCAUUUGUAAUUGCAACCGUCUACCAGACGAGGAAAUUGCACACUCCGGCCAACUAUCUCAUAGCCUCCCUGGCUGUCACGGACCUUCUUGUGUCUAUCCUUGUCAUGCCCAUUAGCACCAUGUAUACUGUGACCGGGAAAUGGACUUUGGGCCAGAUCGUCUGCGAUGUAUGGCUAUCUUCGGAUAUUACUUGUUGCACAGCCUCCAUCCUCCACUUGUGUGUCAUCGCCCUGGACAGAUACUGGGCGAUCACCGAUGCAGUUGAAUAUUCUACGAAAAGGACUCCCAAGAGGGCAGCGGGCAUGAUCGCUUUGGUCUGGGUCUUCUCUAUCUCCAUCUCCAUGCCGCCUUUGUUUUGGCGUCAAGCGAAAGCGGAAGAAGUUUCUGACUGUGUGGUGAACACAGACCACAUACUGUACACCGUUUACUCCACAGUGGGAGCCUUCUACUUCCCCACCUUGCUGCUGAUAGCCCUCUAUGGAAGGAUCUAUGUGGAAGCCAGAUCUCGGAUUUUGAAACAGUCGCCAACGAAAACAGGCAAAAGAUUAACAAGGGCUCAUUUAAUAACCGACUCCCCCGGAUCAUCGUCAUCUGUCACCUCCAUAAACUCGAAGGCCCCAGAGGCUUCCAGUCCAAUCGGAUCUCCUGUAUAUAUGAAUCAGGUCAAGGUGAAGAUCUCGGAUGCUCUUCUGGAGAAAAAGAAGCUCACGGCCGCUAGGGAGCGGAAAGCUACCAAGACUUUAGGGAUUAUUUUAGGAGCCUUCAUUGUCUGUUGGUUGCCCUUCUUCAUCAUCACCUUGGUGUUGCCUAUUUGCAAGGACGCUUGCUGGUUCCACAUGGCCAUCUUUGACUUUUUCACCUGGCUAGGGUAUCUCAACUCUUUAAUCAAUCCCAUAAUCUAUACAAUGUCCAAUGAAGACUUCAAACAAGCUUUUCAUAAAUUGAUGCGUUUUAGAUGCACAAGCUGAAUGUUGAAUGCAUUGUGUUCUCCCGGGCUGCUUGAAUACACUUUUGUGUCUGAUUCUACAGAAUCAAGUUGCUAUUGUAAAGACACACUGCUUGAACCCCUCCCGCCCCAGUUGUCAGAUUCAUGAUGCUGCAAUAACAUCAAUACAUACUGCCACCAAAUUGUUCUGCCCUGCAUUUCAAUGUAAUGACUCUUGCAAAGAUGCUUUUCCAAAAAACACAUCUCUUACAAAAAGAGAGCAACUGCAAAUCAAGAUUUAGAACUGAUCGGGGUUGGAAACAAAAUUUGAGAGUAAAACGUCUAUUUAUUUUGCAGGCUUGCCUUUAACUUUUCUCUUGCAAGUUGUAGGGGUGUGCAUAAUAGUUGUUUGUGUCUGUAUGAGCAUAGUUGUACUUAUGUGUACCUGUAAUUUCUUUCUUUCAGUGGAAAGAGUUGUUAACUUUACUUUAAAAAGGGACUGGAGGAAAACUGCAGCAUUUAAAAAUAGGAACAUAAACUGUGUAAAUGACUCCUUGGGCAGAACAUGUGUGUGAAGCAGGAGUGUGCAAAAUGUUAUAUUUGUAUUUGAAACAAUAGUAAAUACAAAUACUGUAGUAAUAAGAGUCCUAGAUGUAUUCAACUGCAUCACACAUGGCUGUGUCCUCGGUUUAUCCUUUAACAAUUGCUAUCUCUCGUAUUAUAGUUUCCUUCAUAAGUUAAACAGUUCUACUCAAACAUUAAGGGAAAACAAAGUUCUGUGCUUUACCUUUAAACAACUGGGACUAAGUACUAUUUGAUGUUGUAACUGAAGUUUUUUCUAUUUUUGUGUCCGUUGCACACCCUUACUGCAUCAAACACUGGAGAAUUUAGACCAUCUAAAAUACUUAAUAUUGAUUAUUCUACUCUGUAGGGAGAUGAAGCAGUUUGCUUUGUUAAAAGAGCCACAGCACCUGCAAAAUAAAUACCCAUAAUCCUGGAUAAACUGAUGUCAGACAUCAGUGAAAUAACUUUCAUUUUUUUUCUUUAUUCAGCUAAGAUCUUAAGACAAGUCUACUUAAGUCCAGCAGUCAAAAUUAGUUUCAGACUGUGGCCACCUGCUGUGAUACAAAUGCAUUGAGUGUUCCUCCUAUGUGUAACUGAAAAUGAAAUACAAACAAUAAAAAGCUUCACUGUGUUCUCAA